AGCAUUCUCAUUCGUUUUGACACGUCAACGAAUAUGACACUUCCCGAAUAUCGAAAUGACGAGUGCCUUUCAACCUGCCGCAUGGCCAAAUACCCAGAAACCCAAACUGCCUUUCUUGGAGGAGAGGCCAGUUGGCGUCGAAUGCUGGUGCAACAGCCCCCGGUCUUGAAGCUAGCGCGGUGGCAUUCUUUCUACGGCGCCUUUGGCGUCUAUCUGUACUAUGAGGUUCCAGUGCGUGUGAGAGGGAACAUCUGGCACCUGUCACGAGGCUAGUCCAGGUAUUUCUUGGAGGGAGAUCCUGGCAAAACGCAAGAUGGCCUACGCAUGGAC